CAGGAGAUGAUCUGAGGAGGUUUCAUUUCAUUAUACAUACUGAGAGAUGGAGCUGCAUGCGCGACGCAGAUCAUCUAUCGAUGUCGAAUAAUAUUAUAUAUAAUCCAAUGGCGGAGCUUCCGCAUCAGCAGCCCACCAAGACGGUGACCAUGACCAUGGUGGACGCCUGCUGGGACUACAAGGGCCGCCCCGCCGUCCGUGCCUCCUCCGGUGGCUGGUUCUCCGCCGCCAGGAUCCUCAUCGUCGAGCUCAACGAGCGCCUCACCACGCUCGGCAUCGCCGUCAACCUCGUCACCUACCUCACCGCCACCAUGCACCUCGGCAGCGCCGCCUCCGCCAACGCCGUCACCAACUUCCUCGGCGCAUCCUUCAUGCUCUGCCUCCUCGGAGGAUUCGUCGCGGACACAUACCUCGGAAGAUACCUCACCAUUGCCAUCUUCACAGCCGUCCAAGCAGCAGGCAUGGGCAUCCUGACCAUCUCCACGGCGGCUCCGGGUCUGCGCCCGCCGCCGUGCUCCGACCCCACGGGCGCCAGGGCCAGCGCCAGCUGCGUGCCCCCCAACGGCACGCAGCUGGGCGUCCUGUACCUGGGCCUCUACCUCACGGCGCUGGGCACCGGCGGCCUCAAGUCCAGCGUCUCCGGCUUCGGCUCCGACCAGUUCGACGAGUCCGACCCCGCCGAGCGCACCCGCAUGGCGCGCUUCUUCAGCUGGUUCUUCUUCUUCAUCAGCAUCGGCUCGCUGUUGGCCGUGACCGUGCUGGUGUACGUGCAGGACCACCUGGGGCGGCGCUGGGGCUACGGCGCCUGCGUCGCCGCAAUCCUGGUGGGCCUGCUGGUGUUCCUCGCCGGCACCAGGAGCUACCGCUUCAAGAAGCUGGUGGGGAGCCCGCUGACGCAGAUCGCCGCAGUCACGGCGGCGGCGUGGAGGAAGCGCGCGCUGCCGCUGCCGGCUGACCCCGCCGAGCUCUACGACGCCGGAGAGGACAAGAUGCCGCACACAAAGCAAUGCAGGUUCCUUGAGCGGGCGGCGAUCGUGGAGCCGUGGCCGUCGCCGGCGCCGUGCACGCUGACGGACGUGGAGGAGGUGAAGCAGGUGCUGCGCAUGCUUCCCACCUGGGCCACCACCAUCCCCUUCUGGAUGGUGUACGCGCAGAUGACCACCUUCUCCGUCUCCCAGGCCCAGGCCAUGGACCGCCGCCUCGGCGCCUCGGCCUCCUUCCAGAUCCCCGCCGGCUCCCUCACCGUCUUCCUCGUUGGCUCCAUCCUCGUCUCCGUCCCCGUCUACGACCGCCUCGUCGUGCCCCUCGCCCGCCGCUUCACCGCCAACCCGCAGGGCCUCUCCCCGCUCCAGCGCAUCUCCGUCGGCCUCCUCCUCUCCACCCUCGCCAUGGUCGCCGCCGCGCUCACCGAAAGCCACCGCCAGGACGCCUCCCUCGCCGGCGCCACGCCAUCCGUCUUCCUGCUCGUGCCGCAGUUCUUCCUCGUCGGCGCCGGCGAGGCCUUCACCUACAUCGGCCAGCUCGACUUCUUCCUGCGCGAGUGCCCCAGGGGCAUGAAGACCAUGAGCACGGGGCUCUUCCUCAGCACGCUCUCGCUCGGCUGCUUCUUCAGCACCGCCAUCGUCAGCGUGGUGCACGCGGUCACCACCUCCGGCGGCCGGCGGCCGUGGCUCGCCGACGAUCGUGACCAGGGCAGCCUCCAUAGCUUCUACUGGCUGCUGGCCGCGAUCAGCGCAGCCAACCUGGUGGCGUUUGUGGCGGUGGCCAGGGGCUACGUCUACAAGGAGAAGCGCCAGCUUGCGGACGCCGGCAUCCAGCAGCAGCAGCAGCAGCAGCUCGUCGGUGACGAUGACGUCGCUGUCCAUGCAUGAUAGAUGCCAUUCCUUGCAUACAUAAGCAUGCAUGGCAGUUGCCUCAGACUUGCAGUAGCUAGCAGUAUGUAGCUAGGCACACUCCGAAUUAAAAUUAAAAUAAAAUGAAGAUGGGGAACGAUCCAUAUAUACUAGCGCAUAUACAUACAUACACAUA